GCACAGGAGUUGGCAGGGGCCCGGGCCGAGGGCGGGCCAGAAGACGCGUCGUUUGGCUUUGGACAGCGUCGCAGAGUCGUCUCGGUUGGACCGCUGGGCCGAAAGCUUUUGUCAGGGGCCUGGGCGAGAACGAGGCCCGCGGGGUUCCCGAUGGUGUCCAUGACUUUCAAACGGAGCCGCAGCGACCGGUUCUACAGCACCCGGUGCUGCGGCUGUUGCCAUGUCCGCACCGGGACGAUCAUCCUGGGGACCUGGUACAUGGUGGUCAACCUGUUGAUGGCAAUUUUGCUGACUGUGGAGGUGACUCAUCCAAAUUCCAUGCCGGCUGUCAACAUUCAGUAUGAAGUCAUUGGCAAUUACUAUUCAUCUGAGAGAAUGGCUGAUAAUGCCUGCGUUCUUUUUGCCGUCUCUGUUCUUAUGUUUAUAAUCAGUUCGAUGCUGGUUUAUGGAGCCAUUUCUUACCAAGUGGGCUGGCUGAUUCCUUUCUUCUGCUACCGACUUUUUGACUUCGUUCUCAGUUGUCUGGUGGCCAUCAGUUCUCUCACUUACUUGCCAAGAAUCAAAGAAUAUCUGGAUCAGUUGCCUGAUUUCCCAUACAAAGAUGACCUCCUGGCAUUGGAUUCCAGCUGCCUCCUGUUCAUUGUUCUUGUGUUCUUUGUGGUAUUCAUCAUUUUUAAGGCUUACCUAAUCAAUUGUGUUUGGAACUGCUACAAAUACAUCAACAACAGAAAUGUGCCAGAGAUUGCCGUGUACCCUGCCUUUGAAGCACCUCCACAGUAUGUUUUGCCAACCUAUGAAAUGGCUGUGAAGAUUCCUGAGAAAGAGCCGCCACCUCCUUACCUGCCUGCCUGAGGACAUUCUGCCUUCUCAAUAAAGCCUAUACCAGCUUCUUGUCUUGUUUAUUUUACAGAAAGCUGCAAUGCAGGACUCUCAUCAGACUUGUUUGAUAUAAAGUGCACUGUCUUGUCUGAGCAUUUAUUUUCAAACACUAAGGAGCUUUUGGACAUUUAUUAAAAACUUUUUGUUAAGGAUCACAUUUUAGAAAUUUUCUGAAGACAAUCUAGGUUAGGCAAAAGCAGAGUGCCAUUGUUAGCCUUUAACUGAGGGGGAGGGGCUUUCCAUAGUUUCUUUUUUAACUUUGCACUUUCUUUGUAUAAUGGUUUAUGUUUUGGAUGUUUGAUGCCCUGAAUAGUUUCUGGGGAGUGAAUACAGUGUUUAAGAUGAAUGAGUUGGGCGUAAGAUCUGCAGUUUCCAGCUCUGUGAAAUAGAGAGGAAUAGCAUUUCGACCUGACCAUGGAAGAGGAUGGCUGCAUGCUUCUCAUUUGUACGUUCCCAUCUUUGUGAUAAAAUGCUUUAAUAAAGCUCUUACCUUUUACCAUC